UAUUUGAUUUGAUCCGGUACCGAUAUUGGUAAAAAGCAGAAAGAUUAUGAUUCAGGUGUCCAUUCCCGGAUUUCGGCAGAUUGUCAGCGAUGAUGAGAGACCUUAUACGGUAUAUCAGAUCAAUGUCAAAGUAUCAGGAAGAAUCCAUUCAAUUGACAAGAGAUACAGAGAGUUUCAUGCCCUUCAUAAACAGGUGAAAAAGAAAUUUGACACUCCAGAUUUCCCGCCCAAGAAAGUGCGUCAGCUGAGCUCCAGAGGGAUGGAGCAAAGGAGGGUCGCAUUGGAAGCUUACCUUCAGGGUCUGCUUGAUAAGGAUUCUAUUCCUAAAUCGCUGCUCACAUUCUUACAUGUGAAGAAUUUCAGAGCCAUCAGCUAUGAUUCAUUGGAUGAUUUAGAUACUAAAGAAACCUCAACUCACCAGCCAGUAAUGGGCUUUGAAAGUGAUCCAUUCUUGAAUGCCUCGCCUCCAGAGGGGGGUAUUCCUGAUAUCUUGACGGAGGGAGUGCGGCAAGGAUUAUAUGAUGAUCCUGAAAGUUCCAGUUCAGCCUCUUAGGACAAGAAAGGCAUCUUUGUUUGACAUGCAAUCUAGAGCUAUUAGGAACAUUUGCUUUCAUAUAUUUAUCAUAAAGUAAUGCAAACAGUUGAUUUGUAAAUAUUUCUAAUGCUCACUAGAAGUUAGUCAAACUCAAAUGUACAAGUUGAAGUGAUGGUAAAAGAUAGAAGUGAAUAUUCAAACAAUUAUAGUAAGCCUUUAAUAGGAUAGCACUCACAAAUUUUAAAUGAUACCUUUAAAAAUGUUUGAAGUUACAUGUAAUUGUUAUGUCCCGCAUCACUUACCAGGCAUUGCUUGUAUCUAAUGGAGAUGGGCCUGGAUCAAUGUUAGAAUAUCCCAAACACUAUGUUUUAUUCAAUUGGUUAUGUGUGCUAUACAAAUUAUGGUUUCACUAUGAGUUUCAAGGUGUCACUGCGAGUUUCAAAUACAUGUGAGUAGAUACACACCUAGUAUGAGAAUAGUUUUUCACAUUUCCAAGUCCUCAUCAAAGUUCCCGUUCGAUGUUGAACUUGUUGUCGGUUGCAUUAAAUUUAGCUUUUAAUUUGGGAAUCAACAUUUAUUAAACACUAAGAAUUACAUGUAUGAGAUUUAUUUCAUGAAAGUAACCUUUUGUAUUAAAAGUGUGUGUAUUAUGCUACCAUUUUGACUACUACUGAAUUUCAUGAUUGAUCUGAACAUGAAAGAAACUUUCUGUAGGCCUAUAUAUAUGUUGAAUUGUUUGUCACUGCAGUUCGUUCCAACAUACAUCAUCAAUAUCCACCCGUAAAAUGUUAUACAAAUGUACAGUGUUAUUACAUGUAUGAUAUAUUUUUAUAUAUUGUAGAAUUUUUUAUAACCGUGUCGCGUGCAAUAUUUAUUAAAAAGUGAUGAUGCAUUUUGUAAAAUGUUUCAUAGAUUGAUAUGGUAAGUUCCCAGUUAAAUAUUUGAACUAACAAGAAUAUAGUCUAAACAAUGUUAUCUUAAUUGUGAUCUUUACCCAUUCUGGGGUUAUUUUGGGGAUAUUCUGAUUUGGAUAACAUCUAUCAUUUCAAAGAUCAUUUUAAUGUAAAAGAUAGUACCCUAGUUUUUAUCUUCCAGGGUUAUUUUUAUAAGAAUUACAGAUUUGCAGAAAUUCCCUUUUGACAUGAAUAUUCUCAGUUAUAUUGAUGUAAAUAUGCAUGCAAGAUGGUGUUGUACUCCCACAUAUGGAUUUUCUAAGAAAUGAAGAGUUUUAUCAAUCGUUACUGUGUUAUAAAGUGCAUCUCCUGAGAUUCAUUGAAAUACAUGUAGCAGCAGUGCCAGCCAAGUAUAUACAAUGCAAUCCAAGCAAGACAGUCAUAAUUUGAGAAAAAGUAGAUGUGGCCUUAACCAUCACUGAAAUUUCAUCCCGCUACCUUAUUUAGCCAAAUCCAUCAAAUUACAUCACUAUCCGAGAGAAAGACAGCCAGCAUAGUCCGCUGCGGAUAAAGCUGUCACUUCAACGCUGUUUCAUCAGUCAUAGACUGAAACCUCUCACAAACCCUUGUUCUUUCUAAACAAACCAUUCCGGCAUUGUGGUCGCAACACGGGGAGAUAGGAUAACGUGAGACUUUUGUCUGUCAGCAAGGGAUUAGAGCAUAUACGCAGUUUGUCUGGCCUGUAUAUACAAAGAGUUAUUUGAUCGUGACUGCGGGUUUACAUUACGCUUUCUUGACCAUUACAAUAAUUGCAUGUGAAUGCAGGAUAUCGGGUAAUCAUCAUCGUGGUGGUAGGAUGACAUUCCUUUAAAGAUACAUUCAUGUCUGAUUGUUCGUUCAGGUGGAAAUCAAAUUGUUUGAUGAGAAUGCACAUCCAAAACACUAUCUCCUGAUUAUUAGAAGAUCAACAUUCCGUUAAUAGACCAAUCAACAAGAAGAAGAAAAAAAAAAAAAACAUUGGGGGCCAUUUUUUGCAAUUAUGUGACCAAAAUCAUGAGAAAUCUUGACUUUAAUUUGUUAUAACUCUCAAAAGCUUAAAGAUUUAGCAAUUUGAUGUUUAUAUUGACAGUUACAGGUUUGGUCAACUAUCACUUGGAAAGAAUGCAUGAUGACAACAAUAUGCAUGUUCAAGGU